ACCCUUGAUUGCAAUUAUUUAUCCUUAAUUUUUUGUCACAAAAAAAAUGAGUCAAAGUCACCGUAGUCAAACCACGCCAUCCUCAGCAACGCGUUCAGAUCUGCACACUCACUUCCUUCUCUCUAUUUAUCGCCUAAAAUCCCUUUCUUCUUCGUCACCCUCAAUUCCUUAUCUUUUCACUUAAACUCACUUUUGAUCUUGCAAUCGAAACCAUUGUCUCUUGCGAAGCUUGAUCUCACCCCAACCCAGAAACAAAGACUGGUCCUUGAUGAAGAUUAGCUCGCCUCCUUGGGAUGAUUAUUCACACUUCCAUAACUUGAACCCGGAGAUGGAUUCCUGGUUCGGCUUGAACAAUGAUGAUGUUGUAGGAAAUGUAAACGGGUACGAUGAUUUGAAGAACAGUAACACGUUGAGGGACGUUUUCACUUCGUUGAUUCUGUUAGACGACGAAGAUGAGAAUGAGGAGAGAUCAGCGAGAGCUAUGGAAUCCGAGCGAGACAAAGCUUUGUUUCAGUAUAACAAUAAGCAGCAAGCUCAAGCUCUGAUUAACUACUACAUGCAGCUUCAGGAUCAUUAUUACUCCGAUGAGAUGAAUGAGCUCGAGUUCGACCAUUUUCGAACCAAAAGAGCUCGUCGUUCUACUUCCACCGAAUCUGUUUCAGCGUCUGCCUUCGUUUUUGAAAACGUGGGCUCUGAAAUUCCGGCCCCGAUGUUGGCGAGUUCUGGAUCAUCUUCUUCUUCUUCAGGUGAGCACCACAACCACCAUCAUCGCCGGUUAUGGGUGAAGCAACGGUCGAGGGGAUGGUGGGAACGGUGUAACCACCCUGACUUCCCGGAAGAAGAAUUCCGGCGAUGUUUUCGGAUGAGCAAAGCAACGUUUAACAUGAUCUGCUACGAACUCGAAUCGGUGGUGACGAAGAAGAACACGACGCUUCGUAACGCUAUUCCAGUGAAACAACGUGUUGCUGUGUGUAUAUGGAGUUUAGCCACCGGCGAUUCGCUUCGCCUCGUAUCUGAACAGUUCGGAUUGGGCGUAUCAACGUGUCACAAGCUUGUCCUCGAGGUGUGUUCCGCCAUUAAAACUGUUCUCAUGCCUAAGUUUCUUCACUGGCCUGAUGAAGCGAAGAUGAACGAGAUCAAGAACGAGUAUGAACUGAUCUCAGGCGGCAUACCAAACAUUGGAGGCUCAAUCUACACCACACAUGUCCCCAUUAACGCACCUAAGAAUAUCAGUACUGCGUCUUCUUAUUUCAAUAAGCAUCACACAGAAAGGAAUCAGAAAACGUCUUACUCAAUUGCAGUUCAAGGUGUUGUUGAUCCUCAAGGGAUAUUCACUGAUGUGUUCAUUGGUGGGCCUGGUUCAUUACCUGAUGAUAAAGUGUUAGAGAUAUCAGGUUUAUACCAGCUGAGAGCCAGUUUGGGACUUUUAAAUGAUGCUUGGAUGGUGGGAAAUUCUGGGUUUCCUCUGAUGGACUGGGUUUUGGUUCCAUAUACAGAAAAAAAUCUGACUUGGUGUCAGCAAGUAUUCAAUGAGAAGAUUGGGAAGAUUCAAAAGGUUGCUAAGGAAGCGUUUGGUAGAUUGAAAGGUAGGUGGGGUUGUUUGCAGAAGAGAAGAGAGAUGAAACUUGAUGACUUGCCUGUGAUUGUUGGGGCUUGCUGUGUUCUGCAUAAUAUAUGUGAGAUGAGAAAUGAAGAGAUGGAUCCACAGUGGAAGCUUGACGUGUUUGAUGAUGAUGAAGAGGUGAAUAUAGGUUCAGAUCAGAAUAACAUAGCAUCUGCUUAUUCAGUCCUGGCUAGGGAUUACAUAGCUUACAAUUUGUUGUGGAUGGCCUUGCAGGGCACUAGCCAGCAAGUUACUUCCUAGUCAGAAAAACGAAUAUGCUUUUUUUGCUGCACUAAAUAUGAUUAAGUGUGUGUUUCAUUUUCAGUCAGCUAAAAAUUCAUUUAAUAAAAAUUAAUUUAAUAAAAGCUAG